AUGGUACACAUGCAGUCGACAUUGGAAGAAUUACCCGAUGAAAUUUUGAUGAUUAUUUUCGGUUAUUCGGAUGAUAUCUAUUCUUUAUUUCAAACAUUUCUCGGUUUAAAUCAGCGUAUAAAUAAUAUUCUUCUUGACAAACGAUCACAUUUAUUCAUUAAUUUUCUGUGCAUAAAUAUUGAUCAUGAAACAAUGUGUUUCUAUUAUAAUUCAUCAGAAUUUCAACAUAUAACACGAAUACUAAAGUCGCUAAAUGAAACUGUGAAUAACAAUGAAAUUAUCCAAUCAUGUCUAGAAUCAUUAGUUUGUUUUCAUAUUCAAAAUCGAUAUAUUCAAUUAGAGAAUGAAUUUCAACUAAAUCAAAAACAUUUUCAAGUCAUACGUAAACAAAUGACUCAUAGUGAAAUUCAAAAAAUUGAUAACGAACUACAACUUGCAUGUCAAGAAUUAGUAAUAACUUCGAAUACAAUUCAUAAAAUACAUUCACUUAUUUAUACACGUGGUGCACGUGUCAAAUAUGAUGAUCCUCAGAUAGAUUCAUUUGAUUUAGCUAGAGCUAUUUGUAAUCAAAUAGUUGUCUACUUUCAAUUCCCUUUAAAAUAUUCUCGAAAACAUUUCGAUCAUCUUAUAUUUAUAUUCAAAGGACUCAUCAUUUCAAAUCCAAAACUUUUAAAAAAUUCACAGUAUCUCAGCUAUGGUUUGAAUGUACUUCAUUGUUUACUUAUAACUAUAUUUAAACGAGCUUUUAUUUAUACUCAACAAUCAUGUACAACAAAUCUGUAUUAUUAUCAAUCACUUAUCGAUUUAAUUUUAUUAUCAAUACGAUCUAUUUUAAAUGAAAAUUUGUGGUCAACAAGUUAUUUGUACGAAAUAUUAUCACUGAUGAAAUCGAAGGAACAGUCAAUUAGUAAUAUUAUUAUUCAAACAACAGAAAUGGAACUAAUAAAAAUUUUACUCAAUGAAUUGAAUUUAGAUUUAAAUGAAUCAUGCGACGACGAUCCAAAUCAUUCGUUAGCAUACGCUUUGAAUCGUUUGAUUAAAACUGACCGUAUGGAUAUUGUUCUUAUGAUGUAUCGACACAAUAAAACUGUACGAGAUCUUUUUCAAAAGACAGAUUAUAUAGAAAAAAAUGUUGAUAUUAUGCUUGGAAAUCAUAAAAGAAAACAAUUAUUCAAUCAAUUAAUCGAUGAAAAACCGUUAAAUACAUGUUUUACAACGAGAAAAUUUUUAUUUCAACUAUUAGGUAAAAAACAAUUUGAAAUGGUAAAAAAACUUCUGAAAUUAUCGAUAUCAGUUUUAAAUGAAAUCGAUGAAGAUGGUAAUGAUAUUUUAUUAUAUUUAUGUUUAAAAAUUCGUGGUUGUCGGCAUCGUUUUAUUGAAUAUUUAAUUAAAAUUGGUUGUAAUACACAAAGGAUAAAUUAUUAUGGUCAAUCAUUUUUUAAUGCUAUAGAAUUGAAACAAAAUCAAAAAUUAUUAAACAAAUUAUUCGAACAUGAAAUCAUUUUAUUUGAUAAUUUAACGGGAAAAAUAAUAAUUUUGACAAAUCUUUUUAAAUAA